CGCUGCGGCGCGCGGGGCGGGUUCUCGGGCUCACGCGUCCCUGCGCACGCCCGGGCGCCUUUGAGCCCCAGUCGUUGGGCCCCAGCCCGGGGUGUCCGGCUGUGCGCGAGGCAAGAUGUUGAGGCGCAGCUUGGAAAACCGGGACGCUCAAACGAAACAACUGCAAGAUGCCGUCACAAACGUGGAGAAGCAUUUUGGAGAGCUGUGCCAAAUCUUUGCUGCUUAUGUGCGGAAAACUGCCAGACUACGAGACAAAGCAGACCUCCUGGUGAAUGAAAUCAACGUAUAUGCCUCCACAGAGACCCCACAUUUAAAGCAGGGCCUGAAAAACUUUGCUGACGAGUUUGCCAAACUUCAGGAUUAUCGACAAGCAGAGGUUGAAAGACUUGAAGCCAAAGUAGUUGAACCUUUGAAAGCUUAUGGAACCAUUGUAAAAAUGAAACGAGAUGACCUCAAAGCAACAUUAACAGCAAGGAAUCGAGAAGCUAAACAGUUAACUCAGUUAGAAAGAACACGUCAGAGAAACCCAUCUGAUCGACAUGUUAUUUCACAGGCAGAAACUGAAUUACAGAGAGCUACCAUGGAUGCUACCCGAACAACUCGCCAUCUGGAGGAAACUAUUGACAGUUUUGAAAAGCAGAAAAUAAAGGAUAUAAAGACAAUAUUUUCAGAAUUUAUCACCAUCGAAAUGUUAUUUCAUGGCAAAGCUUUAGAGGUCUACACUUCUGCCUACCAAAAUAUACAGAAGAUUGAUGAAGAAGAAGAUUUAGAGGUUUUCCGAAAUUCUCUGUGUCCACCAGAUUAUUCAUCUCGUUUAGAUAUCGUAAGAGCAAAUUCCAAGUCACCUCUUCAGAGAUCACUGUCAACUAAGUGUGUAUCUGGAACAGGACAGGUAUCCACCUGUCGACUAAAAAAAGAUCAACAAACAGAAGAUGAUGAUGAUGAAGAGGAUGAAGACUUAGACAUUACCGAAGAAGAAAAUUAAUUUUCUUAUGUAAACUUUGCAUUUCCAUUUUCAUCUUAAAUGACUUGAUAUCCAGAAUUACUCAACUGUAAAACUUUAUACUGGCUUGAUACAUUAAACCUCAAGAUGAAAUCCUACCAGAAACAGAGAAGUUAUUAAAGGAAAUUUAUGCUAACCAAAAA